AUGGUGCCGUCUGGGCCGGCAGUCCCGACGGUGUGCGAAAUCGAUGACAGGGCAAGUUGCAUUGUUUGGCCUGCAGCCCGCGUACUCCGGCAAUGGCUGCGCACGACUCUGAAGGAGAGCCUGGGCUCGGAGCUCGAAGGCUCCACGAUUCUGGAGCUUGGAGCUGGGACGGGCUUCCUGUCACUUGCUUUGACGCAAGAAGGCGUGAGGAGGGUGUUUGCUGCCGAGGGUGACGAGGAUGCUUGGGAGAAUCUGACGCAGAACGUGGGCACUGCCUCGCAGGUACAGCCGGUGCUGUGGAACUGGGAAAGAGAUCCAGCGAUACCUGACGAAAUCCCUGUUCAUUCUCUUCAUCUCAUCGUGGGUUCCGAUCUGGUGUAUCCCAGGUACUACAACGAGCGCGCUUUGGCAGAGCUGAUCCGGCGUCUGGUCGACCUGAUGUCGCCUGCUUGGCACGUUCCCGUCAUACUCCUUCUCUGUGAUCGGGAGGAGGCAUCGGGGCCCCGAAGCCUGGAGAGUUUUCUGGGCUUCUGCGAUGCUUUGGGCAUCGGCUUUCAGGAGCUGCCCCUGAGCAGAAGGCUUCUGGAGGGGGCCCUUGGGCCCUUAGACGGCCGAGCCUGCCACGAGGACCCCGGAGGAGCCGUGGGCACCUUGAGCCAGCUGAGGCUCUUCUGCUUUGAGCCGGGGGAAAAAAACCAUAGCUUUGUGCUUUCCCGGAACGCCAGAAGAAGCUAUGGGGAGUUGUGA